GUCCCAAGCUGUUUCGACCUUAGCGGUCACCAUCCAAUCAAUUCAUAUCAUCCAAAGCGUGCUAAUGUCAUGACUUGUCCUUUGACUUGAUCUUCAAAGAGACUCCCGAGCGAAUUCUUUGCAAACGUAUGGUCAGCAAGAAGCCUUUUUUUUUUUUCUUUUCCCAUCUUUCACAUGCUUAACACAUGAACGAGUGUUGAAUAGUUGAUUACGUUUUCCUUUUUUCUUUCGUUGAUGUAAUGGAAGGUCGGCAUACCACCAGGAUUUUAUUGAGUGAGAGGGAGUUAAUUACCUUCUCUCUUGCUUGCAGGAGGAAAAUUGUGCCAUACUCUACCCCUUUGCAUGGCUCCAUCUUUUCUAACUUCUUGAGACACGUGAUAGGAUGUGACCCUCCUUUCUGAUGACGACCAUUGAAAGCUACGGAGCAUCCUGCGUGGAAAUUGCACUGUAGAUUCCUGGUUGCUCUAAAUUUGGUAACGUGCAUGUCCACGUCAAAAUCUGCAACUGGCCGGCAACGGACACACACUCGAAGUCACCAUCCACGUUGAAUAUAUAACGGGACUUAGAGCAUUUUUUUCAAUGCCUUUUUAUGCCUCCAGGACUUGUUGCCUAACACGCAAGAUAUACUUAAAUAUUGAGGGCGGUAAGAAGCCACGAAACAAUAAGAAUGAACCAUCCAGUGAGCCUUGGAAAACACAUGGAAAACGCCUUCUUGGUUGUAGAGUAAAUGCACGGAAAAAAACAAAAAUCCAUUUAUGGUUCACAAACAUUACCAAACAUUAUCUCAAAAUAAAUUAAAAAAUAAAUCCAACUCUCCUUGGUAACCAUUUAAAAAGCCACCUAACCCAUCCACCCAUGCAAAAGCACUCGAUCGCAGAUCGACGCAAUACUCCUAAGGAGACAUUCUUUGUGAAAGGACCGGGGUUUCUUGCAGCAACUCAAUUACCUCUUUCAAUGAUUUUCUCCUCUUUGAGCUCUUCCAAUAAUUCUCUCCUUUUUGAUGAGGGCCGAUGGGUGAUCCAGAUUUGUAGCACCCUUGAAGAGGAGGUCGAAGAGGGUGCUCGAAUCCCCGUCUCGGUCUUCAGCGUUCCCAAGAUAUUGCUCUCCAACAAACCCGAAGCCUACAUUCCCGAGCUCUUCGCACUCGGACCAUACCACCAUUGGCAUCCCCAGCUCUACGAGAUGGAGCGCUACAAACUUGCCACUGCCAGGAGGACACAAAAAAAGCUCCAAAGCACCAAACUCCACCAACUGGUCGAGUACUUCAUUAAGAAAGAGCACAUGAUUAGAUCUCACUAUCAUAGGCACCUUGAUUUCAAUGGUGAGACUUUGGCAUGGAUGAUGGCCAUCGAUGCGUCUUUCUUGCUUGAGUUCCUUCGCAACUAUUCCGAGGCAGAGGGAAAGGUCUUCAGAAGGGUCCCAACAAUGUCCCAUAUGGUGGAUGCUGAAAGGAUCAAGUUGGCCUAUAAUUGUAUCCUUAGGGACAUCAUGAUGCUCGAGAACCAGAUACCACUCUUUCUAGUACGAAAGAUUCUACGAUUUCAAUGCCCUUCGUAUCAAAUAGCUGAUAAAGAUCUCUCGAACAUGUUGAUAGGAUUUGUGAAGGCAGUUUCUCCAUUCGAAGUGAUGAAGAACUUUCCAAGCAUCGACGUUAAAAGGUAUGCCCACGUGUUACAACUACUAUACUUCAUGAUUGUUCCCAAGGCCAAGGAAGGAAGCGAAACCAUUAAUGAAACCGAAGUCCAUGUCGAUAUCCCCGAGUUGAAUGAGACGAAGCCCAUGGGUAAUCCUAGCUAUGUGAAGCAGCUCUUUAAUUCAGUUUGGAGUCGGGCAUCGGACCUAAAAAUCAUGGAAGUCCCUGCUACGAGGCCCAUCAAAUUCCUAGGGAAGCUUCCAUGGAAGAUCAUCUCCAAGCUCCCAGGGGUCUCGAUCUUGACUGCUCCCAUUGCAAAGCUCUUCUUCUUCCAAGGUGAUGAGAAAUCAAAAGACGAAGACUCUACUGAUGACGAACCACCUUUGGUCGAAGAAAUAAUGAUCCCUUCAGUGACUGAGCUCAGCAAGGCUGGGGUGAAGUUCUCACCAACAAAGGGGGACUUGACGACAGUAUCGUUCAACUCGAGAACUGCCACAUUUUAUCUCCCAGCCGUUAGUUUGGACGUCAACACUGAAGUCCUAUUGAGGAAUUUAGUAGCUUAUGAGACAGCAGUUGAGUUGGGGCCGAUGGUCUUCACUCGGUACACCGAGUUGAUGAACGGGAUUAUAGACACCGAGGAGGACGUGAAGCUCUUGAGGCAAAGCGGGAUCAUCUUGAACCGGAUGAAGAACGACGAGGAGGUGGCGAAGCUCUGGAAUGCGAUGAGCAGAUCGGUGAGGUUGACGAAAGUAGGCUUCAUAGACAAAGUGUUGGUGGAUGUGAACAAGUUUCAUAGCAGUAGGUGGAGUGUUAAGGCCCGGAAGAUCAUGAAGACCUAUGUGUUUGGGUCGUGGCAGAUCCUUACAUUCCUGGCGGCUAUCUUGCUCCUGUUGUUGACGUGCGUGCAGGCCUUCUGCUCGGUCUAUAGCUGUGGAUCCCGCUGGCUCAAUGUCACAAACGCGGGGUUGCAGUGAAGUGUUCCGGUUAUGGAAUUUAGCUGGCCAGUCGAUCACUGAUAAAAGAAGACAUACUAAAAAUAAGGGGAAAGGACUGGAAAGAACGACACUUUUUUUAUCAUAGAUGGAUCGAUUACAUUCCCUGCAAUACAACAACCGCACGCGUGUGUGUAGCCUUAAAAUUUAACUAGAAUAUCAAUUAGAUAAAUCAGAAUAACAAUUAACUCUAUCAAGGUAAUAUCUUCAUAUUUAUCCAUCUAGGAAUUACCCAACUUGAAUUUUCUGAUUCAAAUUAAGUUUAUCCUUUCAACAUCCUCAGAAAUGUAAUUAUCUUCCAUCAAUAAUUCCAAGUGAAUUCUUCAAUUUGCAAAAUACUUCCGAGAGGUUUUGUAAAAAUAUCUGCGAUUUGAUCUCCGGACUUGAUGUACUCCAAUUUUAUCUUCUUCUUCUUGACUUAGUCUUCAAUAAAAUAUAAAUGUAUAUCGGUGUGCUUGCUUCGUU